GUCAGUCAGAACCGCAGGACGAGAGGAAAAAUGUCUUCAACCUUGGAUAUUCAGCAGCUGUUACCAAUCAAAGAAGAACUUGAUGAGUGGAGCCCUGAUAUGGAGCAGCAAGUCCAGCUCCUCAGCAUAAAGAAGGAAGAGGAGGAGGAAGCUGACAUCACUGAUUUCCCGCUCGCUGCUGCUGCUGCGGUGAAGAGUGAAAAUGAAGAGAAAGUGCACUCACUGUUUCAUCAUGUUAAAAACGAAUAUACGGACGAGGAGGAGCCUCAGACCAGCAGCUCAGGUGUCCAUCAUGUGUUUGAUAUUAAAGAAGAGGUUUCCCAUGAAUGGAGCCCGAGUGCGAAUGAGCAGGACUCAGACUUCUUCCAGGAAGAAGAGCAGGAACGCUGCAUUGGCCAGGAUGGACUGCAGGAGGAUGACAGACGUGCAACAGCUCCCAGAACCUUUCCGAUGCCAAUAUUCAGUGUUGCGUCCCGCAAUGCAUUUCAACGCCUCAAACUUGAACAGAGAGAAAAAAUCAAAUUCUGCGUGCAAACCAGGAUAUCUGUGAAGAAAACCUUCAAAAUGCUUCAGGAAGUUUACGGCAGCAAAGCAAUGAGCCGAUCAAGAUGCAAAGAUUGGUAUUUAUGCUUCAAAAAUGGCAGAACAUCCGUCGAUGAUGAAACGAGGUCAGGGCGACCCAGCACGAGCACAACUCCCAAGCACAUCCGAGAAAUCGAUCGACUUGUGCACCAGGAUUUACGGAUCUCCAUGAGGGAGAUUUCUGCCAUUCUCAACGUGUCAUUCGGAACGGUCCAGGCGAUCCUGACGUCCACUUUGAACCUGCACCAAGUGGCUAACAAGUUUGUGCCCAGGCUACUGACUCCCGAGCUGAAGCAAAAUCGUUUACAAACCUGCAAGGAUCUCUGUCAACAGACGCGAGAUGACCCAACGUUCAUGUCCCGGAUCAUAACUGGCGAUGAAAGCUGGGUGUAUGGCUGCAAGCCUGGAAAAGCAAGGAAGGUGAAUCCGACAAGGAGCAAGAUCAAGGUCAAGCUCAUCGUCUUCUUUGACAUUCACGGGGUGGUGCAUCGGGAAUUUGUUCCCGACGGUCAGGCGGUUGAUGCCCCGUUCUACCUCAACGUUAUGACGCGUCUCAGGAAGAACAUCGAGGCCAAACGACCUGAACUGUGGCAGAAAGGCGACUGGCUGCUCCAUCACGACGACACACCCGCCCACAACGCACUGAAAGAGUGCCAUUAUUUCUGCUACACCGACACAAAUCUCAUUCUUCACCCACAGCACUCACCAGAUUUGGCCCCCUGCGACUUCUUCCUCUUCCCCAAAAUCAACGCCAAGUUGAGGGGACAUUUUUUUGACACAGUGGAGGAGUUCCAGCAUGCGUCGCUGAUAGUACUGGAUUCACUGGGAGAAGAGGACUUCCACAGAGCUUUCACAGCGUGGCAGCAGCGCUGGGUGUGGUGUGCUGCUGUGCAAGGCAACUACUUGGCAGCGAAUGGUGGCCAGAUUUAA